CUGGAUUUUUGUUCCGGCCCAUUUGCCUUGCGCUUGUCAUGGCACAUUCGGCGACCUAGCCUCACCGGAAUGGACACCGGAACAGGCACUGCCUCCGGUGCGGACUUUCGCAUCUUCUCGGACCGCUCGGCCUCGGACCUCGAAGCAUUCGAAUGGAACUCCACCAUGGAUCUGCUGGCCUGUCUCACGGCUGCCCCCGACUCGACAAUGAGUAUCUACCGCUUGCUGUCCGAAGACCAGAGUCCAAAGCUGCUGUCAGAGAAAAUCACAGGUGUUGGAACAACAUUAGCUUGGUCACCAUGUGGUCGGCGAUUGGUGGUUGGCGACCGCCUGGGAGGCAUCACCAUGUUCGAUGGAGAAACAGGCUCUGUUCUGCAUUCUCGACGGUCACACUCAGCCCCAGUGGCGGCUUUUUGUUGGAUGGACGGGAAAUACAUGGUGGAAGAACCAGCAUGGUCCAGAAUGCUGCCACCCCUUCUGACGGUCCCCAGCGCUCCUAGCAACAUGUAUGCCGAGACGCAGUCGAGGGAUGAGGAAUGGACUUCGAACUUUACGAUCUUGGCAUCGAUCGAUGAAGCUGGUCAAUUGAUCCUGGCGGCCGGUGGCACCUUUCCACUUCAGGCAACGGAUCUCAAUGAAGAAGAGACAUUUCAGCACCUGAGAUCGAGAGGUCCAAUGGCCAUUGAAUUGUCAACUGACCUCCGUUGCCUCGCGGUUCUGCUCGGUCCCGGCGGAAAAUCCAUCCGAAGUCCGGAGAAUCCUCACGUGAGGACACCUUUGCCGCAGACGCCCAAUCAAGGCAACUCACCACAAGGUUGGAGUGCUAGUGGACGUAGUUUGGCAGUUGCGGUGCUGGAUGUGAGGAAAUUUGCCAUGCGCCGGAAGGAGUUGGCUCAAUGUUCUUCUAUGGUGGAACGAUUUUGCGCAGUCGCAAGCUACACUCAACAGGCUGUGGACACCUUAGCAACAGUUUGGAAAAGUGCAGCGAGUGGCUUCAUCAACAAGAUCAGGGCAAUGACCGACUGCAUUCAGGCGUAUGCUGGAGCAGGAUCUUGCACCAUCAGCAGCAGAGACUCAGUGCAAUCAGAGCUGCUCUUCACGCUUUGCACCGGCAACCCCUCUGAUGCCAUGCACGCCUUUUUGACCAGACAAACAACACCGCAGCAGCUCUCGAGAAUUGAAAAGACCCUGAUGCAAGCCUUGGACUAUGUGAAUUUGGUCACCUGCUCCCGGUUGCAAGUGGCAGUGCAACACCUCUUGGCCAUUCUGCAGGAGCUGAAGGCUUAUGCCAAUUGGAUUCGGUUUUCCUCCAUAGGUUUGGAUCUGGGGUUGUUAGAAGAGCUGGAGCUGCGGGUCAUGAAGUUUUCAGGCCUCACAGAACAAUUGCUGAUCGAUUCCUCUCAUGCACGGCGAUUUGCUCGGACCCUUUUUCACUUGCUUUUGUACCAGGCACAGAAACUCACAGAAGGAAAUGAGGCAACAGGAACACCAUCGUCUCGCGUAGACACCGCCAGCUGUUCUGCACCGAAUCCGAGUGAUGUUGAGGGCUUCCUGGCACGCCAGCAAUCCUUGGAGCUGCAUGAGGUAACAAUGCGGAUCGGGAAUCGAACCAAGUCCUCACCCCCCCCCGCGGUGGCGGGCUCAAGUGGAGAGGGCCUCGAGGACCCAGAGGCCUCUUUGGCAUCGCAAGUGGCAGAGCUGGUGGCGCUGUCCGGGGGCCUUGGCCAAAGAAUAUGCCAGGCCAUGGCGCGCCAGAGCGCUCCACUGCUGUGCGAGUCCUUGGCAGCACCGCCACCCUGGUGCUGUGUCUCCUCUCCAGAGCUGAGAGCUGUGGCGAGUGCGGAUGCCGCCUCGUGGGUGCCAAGCCCGCGUGGAUUAGGACGACCAAUCAUUCACAUGGUAUGGGAGGACCUUUCGACUGACAAGGGACAUGGAGUGAAGGAAACCUUGCCAGAACAGCUUCUCCUGCUUUGGUGUGGUGGAGACCCUCCAGAAGCACAUGGGCUGGGUAGCUUCAGUUGCUUGCACCUUGCUCGAAUCCACCUUCCCAUCGGCAGAUUUGGAAACUCCAUACAGCCAACGCUACAGCUCGCGAAAUUGAAGGCGAAUUCGAUUGGAACCGGGCAUUUCACGCUUUGUCGCAGCUAUGAUGCAUCACAUGUUGCUGUGCUGAUCCUAGACGAGACCGAGCCUCAGCCAAGUGCAGCAGUUUGCCUGGUGGAUAUCACUGACAUCGAGUUUCGUUCACCUGGCACAAGCGAGAACGGCCUGGUGCCUCCGGUGCCUCUCACUGACAUCGGUGAGCUUCCCCCGGAAGCGGUGCGACGAAGCGCCCCGUUGCCAGAGAGCUACUUGUGGGCUUCAGCGAUGCGAGUGAUGAGUCAGCGAGGCGUUUGUUCCAUUUACUCCUGGAGAGCUCGACGUCUACUGACUUUGGACAUGGAAGCCGGUGACGACGAGAUGGAAGAUGCCGACUGAAGAGAUGCUGACUGAUUUGUGUUCACAGCGGGAAAGACCCGGGGUGGCCGUCUGGGUGGAG